GACCAUUACUGAUACACAAAGCAAUUUUCAUCAUCCAGGAUUCAGACGCAUUUAUUUCUGGUUUAUUUACUUUUCUUAAAUACAAUGUCCAACGUUCAGCUUUCUACCAGUGCCUUGGAAAGGCUAGUCGCGAGGAGAACCUUCCCUCUCCAUGCACGCACCAGCGUUUGUAGAAAUCUCUUUGGACCGGUUGAUCACGACGAGUUGAAUCGAGAAAUAAAAUCAAAGCUCCGCGAAAUAUCUGAAAGGGACCAGCAGAAAUGGAACUUUAACUUCGAGACAGGCACACCACUGUCUGGAGACUACGAGUGGGAGGAAACCCAAGGAAAAUCUCCAGCCUUUUACCAGGAAUCUGUUCAGAUCGGGAGAACUAGGGUUGUUUUACCUGUAAAACCAUGUGUAGACGUAACUCAAAUGGAUAGUUCUGUGAAGAAUGCACGUGUACAUUGCGAGGACCGUCUCUCAACUUCCCAGAGUAACCUAGACUUAAAUCAAGAGAACUGCGCAGUCAAACAUAACUCAGGGAAACUGACAGGAAAAAUCCAACCUUUCACACGACGAAAAAGAACCACGGAAUUUACCACAACAUAUAUUACAGACUUCUACACAAAGCGGAGGAGAACGCCAGGCGUAAAGCAGGGUGAAAGUUGUCUACAUCCUUCAACCCCUAUUCCAGUUGAACAAACUCCGCGAAAGCGAAUGCGUUGAAGGUUUUUGCACUGUUUGGUGAGGAUCACCUCUUGCUGUCCGUGUCUGGUGAAGUCGCCGACAGGGAGUGAAGGCGGACAAAGAUCCAUCGUCUCUCGUAAGACGAUGCAAAUCGAGGCUGAGAUGCGAUGCGAACCGAACCCUGAGACGGUCAGGACUAACGGUUGAGAGAACGUCUUGAAGGACAAAUUCUGAUAAAUGUAGCAUAAAUGGUUGCUUUCCGUACAGCCACUUGACAGUGUUAAAGUUAUUAACAACUGUGCAAUUCUAAAUUACUUUAAAUUGUCUACACUGGCUAAAAGUGUACAGCUUUAAAAAGACAUCAUUAACGUUUAUUACAGUAAAGUUUAUCUGGGAUUUGUAAAUACAUAGGCUAUUAUAUUUUAACUUAUAAUUUAUUUAUGUUUCUACAUCUGCAAAUGCUUGGUUGUUCUAGCCAAAUCACAGGCUUAUUAUUUUUGUUCUUAAAUGUUUAAAACUUUUUUUUUAUUGUGUUU